GGCCAAUGAAAUACGCUCAUCAGCAGUCUGAACGUGACCAGGAAGUGGAUGCGGUUUGGUGAGUGGUCUUCAUGAGCCCAAUGUCACUGAGGCUCUUUGUAAAAUUACCCAACGUCGUUAAAGUGCAUUACUCUGGUGGUCCAUUUCUACAGUCAGCCAGGUACCAUGUGGCCCGUGAUAUGGACAGCAGCCAGGACAUAUGCUCCAUAUAUCACAUUUCCUGUGGCACUUGUAGUGGGUACAAUUGGAUACCAUAUGGAGUGGUUCAUUCGUGACACCCCAGCACAAGUAGCAGAAGAACAGAGUAUUUUGGAGCGAAGGGAAGAGAGAACACUUCAAGAAGCUGUUGGGAAGGAUCUUACCCAAGUUAUUAGUUUGAAGGAGAAGUUGGAGUUUACUCCUAAAGCUGUCCUGAAUCGCAACCGUCAGGAGAAGAGCUAAUAGGAGCAGUUCCCUGACUUGAUUGUAUGUGUAGCACAGAAUACAUUUUUAACAUGGAAUCUUGCCAUAUAGCCACAUCAGGGGAGCAGUCAUGGGAACACCAACACUUGAGUGGACUUGAAGGUCUCAACAGAACCUUACAAAGUAACUAACGUGUGUAGAAAAUUUAACUAGUAUAUAUGGAACCGGAUGAAUGUUCUGUGCUCCAAACUAUUUUAGUAGCUCAUGCUGGAUCUGCUGUAUGUUUUUAAGACCAUAAAGUAUGAUGAAUAAAGUCUUAAAUAAAAAAGUUGUUCAUAACCACAUCCAAAAUAUAAAUUUUUUCAGCAAGGCACUGUGAUUGCUAAGCAAUUUAUUUUUUCCUGUGUAUUUAUCCUGCUCUAAAUAAACAUGGACUAAUGAGAAAUGGA